AUGAGUGACGCACCAUUAUUCACCGCAUUGGCGACUUCAAGUCGCCAGCUUUACAGCCUUCUGAGAUGCAUUGCAUUCAACCCUCAAGCCGUGGUUUCCAUUACCCCUGAUGGCUUGAGGUUUACCACUGAAGAAGUCCAUGCCGUUCAAGCAUCAACGCUUCUAGACAAACUGCUGUUCUCCUCCUACCUUCUUUCUGAUCAAGAUGCCACCAUUCCGCCCUUCCGGAUCAAUAUCAUUGCUCUACUCGAAACGCUUCAGAUCUUCGGCAUAUCAGACUCAGCUUCGUCUCAUAAAGCUCCAAGUGGUGGUAUCACAUCCUCCUACGCCGCAGCUUUUCACACUCCGGCUCUGGGUCUUGGAGGGACAUGCAAGAUUACAUACUCGCGGUUUGGGGCGCCACUCUGUAUCACCAUUGAGGAGAACGGCGUCAAAACGACCUGCGACAUGAAUACCUAUAAUCUGCCAAACAUGUACGAUGCGGAUGAGAAUGAGAUUCCACUUGAUCGCAAUGCUUUAGUAAUGAAGAUCAUCAUGCCUGCAUUCUCGCUGCACGAUGCUAUAUCUGAAUUGGCAAGCACGAGCUCGGAGACUUUAGUGGUGAGCGCUUCUAGUAUACAUGCGCCAUACUUCGCCCUUGAAGGACAUGGUGGACCGUUCGGAGAUAGCACUGUUGACUUUGCACCUGCAUCUACGAUGGACGGCCUAUCUACUGCUCGCCGAGUACAACCUGCAGCAACGGAAACAUUUUCAAUCGCUGCACCAUCAGGUUCAGGUGGUCGUGUCAAGGAGCGCUAUAAGUUUGACCUGAUCAAGAAAGCUGGUCGAGCUAUGGCACUAGCCAGUAAAUUCAUGGUCGAACAACCUGAGGUCACCGCUAACGCUACUACGGCAUAUGGAGGUCCAGGAGGCUUCUCGUUUAUAGACUAUCGUUUUGUGCCCUUGGUCGGGGAGGACAAUGACGAUGAUCAUGGAGAUGACGAGGAUGAGACGUAUCAGCAGGAUGAAGAAGAUGAAGCGAUUGCAGAGUGA